GGGCGCUGCGAGCGGCCGCGGCCUGCCUGGGCCUUCCUUCCCUGCUCCGCCCGGGCCCGCUGCAGCCAGGCCCGCGGCAGCCGUUUGCCACUUCCCGGAGAGUGUGACAGCAGCACGGCCGUCCCCGGGGGGCCCCCGCCUCGACUGUCUCCGCGGCCCGGGGAGAGAGAGGGAAGUCGAACGAAUUGGAGCGUGACGGGCCCCGGUCCAGAUUUUUCUCCCUGGUCCCACCUCCCCGACCUGCACGCUUCCGUCUAGGCCCUGGCAAGGCGCACCCUGAAGUGGGACAGCCUUUUGGGGAGGAAAAAAAAAAAUUAAAAAAGGAAAAGAAAAAAACCUAAAUUUUUUUGGAAAUAUCCUCAAUCUCCAAGUCCGAAUAAGUGAGAUCACAUGACUCGAUGGCAGGGCAAUUCUUCUCGGGAUCAUUAAAGCACCAUUGAGCUCUGGCGACUUUUGCCACGUGUAUGCUGGCAUUAUUUGACUUGAUAGUAAUGCAAGGCAGGUGUUGGUAAAUCGUGCUUAUUGCUACAGUUUACAGACAAGAGGUUUCAGCCGGUGCAUGACCUCACAAUUGGUGUAGAGUUUGGUGCUCGGAUGAUAACGAUUGAUGGGAAACAGAUAAAACUCCAGAUCUGGGAUACAGCAGGGCAGGAGUCCUUUCGUUCUAUCACACGGUCAUAUUACAGAGGUGCAGCGGGGGCUUUACUAGUGUAUGAUAUUACAAGGAGAGACACGUUCAACCACUUGACAACCUGGUUAGAAGAUGCCCGUCAGCAUUCCAAUUCCAACAUGGUCAUCAUGCUUAUUGGAAAUAAAAGUGACUUAGAAUCUAGGAGAGAAGUGAAAAAGGAAGAAGGUGAAGCUUUUGCACGAGAGCAUGGACUUAUCUUCAUGGAAACUUCUGCCAAGACUGCGUCUAAUGUAGAGGAGGCAUUUAUUAACACAGCAAAAGAAAUUUAUGAAAAAAUCCAAGAAGGGGUCUUUGACAUUAAUAAUGAGGCAAACGGCAUUAAAAUUGGCCCUCAGCACGCUGCUACCAACGCAUCUCAUGGAAGCAACCAAGGCGGACAGCAGGCAGGGGGAGGCUGCUGUUGAGUCUGGUGUUACCGGCUAGCUGCCCAGUGGAGCCACGCACUCUGUCACCCUCUUUCCUCAUGCUCAGCUGAGACAUGAAACUAUUGAAAUGGCUUUAUGUCACAGGAGACUUUAAUCCUUCAGAUUCUUGUAUAACUUUGAAUAAAUGGUUAAUGUUCACUUAAAAAGACAGAUUUUGGAGAUUGUAUUCAUAUCUAUUUGCAUUUGAUUUCUAGGUCAAUUGAUGUGAUUAUUUUUGUUAAAUGUUGUCUUGUGCCCUUAACUACGAGCUGAAUUGUAUUAAACACUACAAAGUCAUGGUGAGUAUUUUAAAUCAGUUUGUGUAGUUAGGUUUCCCAACACCUGUGGUUACCUAAUGUUUAAUAUUAUAGGACUGUCCUCAAAAAGUUUGUCAACUUUCAAGGAUAUAAGGAAAACCAGAACUCUUUGACUUCUGUAUUUAUCAUUUGCUUUCUGUAUAUAUAGUUUAAUAACCUGCUUGGGUGUGAUUUGCCAAGCUUGAACUCUAAUGCAUUUGCAUAAAUUCUACCACUGUUCGGAGCUUGAAGCUACAGAAGCAUUGUUAGGAAUUGCUUGGACACUGACUUUUCAACUUUUUGACAUCGUUAACGAGCAUGUUCAUCUUUUCUUGUCACUAGUCCAAGAAAACUACGCUUCCUGUGUAUUACUAAAGGCUGUGUGUGUGUUAACCUGUUUUAAUGCCAAAAGCUAUUUGUCCACAAGUUCUUGAGACCGCUUCACAAAAGGAUUUGUUUGCCUUAAUGAGUGCUGUUGGGUAAAACACAGUGUAAUGAGUGGGACGGGCAGAAACAGAAACUCCAACACUACACAACUCCCAAGAGCAAGGCCCACUCGGAGAAGGCACGCCAUGCCACUUACUCUUCCCUUAGACACAAUAAUGGUCCCUUUUCUUCACACAGUUUCUAAGUAUAUUUUCUUGCAGGGCAGUUUGUCAACCUUGAUGUACAGUGACUGUGUAAAAUUUUUUUCUUUCAGUGGCAACCUAUCUAUAAUCUUUAAAAUAUGGUAAGCUUACUGUCUGUUUUGAGGGGGAUAUGAAAAUAAAUCUACCAGAUGGAAAAUCCUGUUCAAAGUAGAAAAGUUUUAGUUGUUUACUCACUGUGGUGGUUUUAUCCUCUCGUUUUUCUCCCUUGGUCUAGAAUGAAGUUGUUAUAGCAGUGCAAAAUAAACUCCUAUGUACAAAA